GUGCACUGCAAAUAAAAAAAAUCCCUACGCCAAGUAGCAAAAAGAAAUUUUUUGGUGCGACGAAAAGUUCGUAAUUUGCCGUAAAUAGUUCAAAUCCAGACGUAAAACUCACUCGAAAAUGUAACCAAAGUGGCGAAGAAGUGAAUGGUGUAAAAUUUCGUGCGAUCGGUGUCGUUUUCGAGGGGAAAUUUGCGCAAAGAAAAUCACUGUUUGGGGGCUCUGCUGACGAGUGAUUCUUUUUCUGCCUGCCGUGGAAGAAGAGAAAAAAUCAAAAUGGUUGUAUCAAAGGACGGCAAGCGACGGAGAAAAGUUGGAUCCGCAGCGGCUGUAGCAGCGAAUAAUAGUUCCAGCAGUGCUACUAAUAACAGUAACAGUGCCACCGGCGGCAGCUCGUCCGGAACUGGGUCGCGCGGCGGUGGCACUGGAGCCGGAAGUUCCGCAACAACAGCAGCAGCAGCAGCUUCCAGCGCAGCAGCCAAAAGAGAUACACCCGACAGCGAUCUUUCGCCGCCGCCGGAGAUUCCCAAAAGGCCCAAAGUGCAAGCCCAACGUAAGUUCGCUCAAGGACAGGGGGCUGCCUCAACAUCAGCAUAUCUCAACUUUACUACAAAUCCAACCAAUGCCACCAGAGAUGCACAAAAUCGAACCCAAAGUGGGUCAGAAGCCGGUCCCAUUCCGGAGUUGUUGCCCAAUAUGCGUCCCAAUACGGAAGACUUUCUUACGUUUCUUUGCUUCCGGGGAACUCAAGUACUCCCGCCCAGUUUGGACUUCUUCAAUACAGCAGCACAGCAGAAUGCCACGACAUCUGGGGCAAGACAAUUGCCAUCGUCUUCGAAAACGAGUGCGAAAUCUGGAGCAAGUACGAUGGAACAGGUGGGUGCAUCUCCGGCGAAGUCAGUUGAGCCGGAAAAGAGCAAAAAGAGUUCAAUACCUACCGUGACAAAUUCUGUCACGACAACCGUCAAGGAAGAUGACAAAAAGGAAGAUAGGGCAGAAGCUGUCCCAGAAAAGCCCGCGUUUAUGCCGUUCGCGGUGAGGAAGCGUGCUGAGCAACAUCCUGAGAAUAGGAGAGUUCAAACCGUACAAGCAUUGAGGAAAAAGUAUCACGAGCAGCGCAUGGCCAAAUUAAGGGUUACAGCGUACAACAAACAAACUAGAGCCGGUACCAUGAGGAAUAAAACAGAAUUGGACGAAGAUCAAGAAGAUGAGAAGAAAGUAAUCGAGAAGAGUGAAAAGGUAGAAACAGAGACUACGAAAACAGAAAAGGGUAAUUUGACUAAGAAGAAAACAGUUAAAAAGAAAGUUUUGAAGAAGUCAACAAAAGAAGUGGAAAAUCAGGAAAUACAGGAAUUGAUAGACGUUAAGAUUGUUUUGAACAAGGAUGAUGUUGAGAUGAAAAACGUAGAAGUGAAGAAUGACUCUCCUGCUGAAACCGAAUCACCUAAAAAGGAAACAAAAGAAGUUACCCAGAAAGUGAAAACGAAAAGUGUAAAGAAAAAGUCUUUAGAUACUGAAGAUACCGAAAAACGUACUACGAGGCUUUCAGCAUUGAGAAGCCCCCCGACGAGAUCUGCUACACCAGUUAAAUUGCCAACGCCUCCACCACCAACGAUUGUUGAAACACCGAAAGAACCGGAACCACCGAUGGAACAAGAGUUCUCUUCGGAUGAUGACGAACCGCUUCUCAAGCGAGCAGCCAGGAAAAAAGCCAAUGCUAGAGGUGCAAACACUAAAAAGGGUAGAAAGUCCGAACCACUUCCAGAGAAAGAAGAACAACCGGAGAAAAAGGCUCGACGGUCAGAGUCAGUUAGCCGGAGAUCCGACGUUAGCUCUAAGAAAUCUGAACAUCCGGUUGUAGAAACUCCACCCAUGCCAAAGAGAACGGCAGCUCGUGGACGUAAAAAGAAAGAAUCUCCUCCGCCGACACCUGUCCCGGUAGUGGAAAAGAUAAACAAUGAAAAGAAAGUUCCAUUCGCUGAACCAGAACCGGAAGUUCUUAAAAAGAAUGUUAGAAAUGCAUCAACUCCCGUUCCCAAAGUGGACCAGGUUGUUAAUGAGAAAGUGGUGGAAAAGCCUUCUCCGGAGAAAGAAUUGGCAAAAUCUCCACCUCCGGAAUCACCACAGAAGACCCCAACAAAGAAAGGUUCCACUAGAAAGAAAAAGGCAGAACCAAUGGCAACACCAGAACCACCGCCUGUGGAGGAAAAGAAAUCGAAAAAGACACCGGAACCGGUAGCCGAAGUUAGCUCGCGACCAAGCCGUAAGACGAAAGAAGCUGCCACUUUGUACAUGGAACUAAUUGGACGAAAGCUGAACCAUGACGACAAAUCUGACGACGAUGCUUCGUCGUUGGACAGUCUGGAAUUGCCAAAUGUUCGUAAACUCGAAAAAAUGGAAAAUGAGCUAAAAGCUAAUGCCGGGAAGAAGGAAACUAAAAUUGCUGUGGCUAAAAAAGGAAGAAAGAAAAAAGAGGUUGACGAACCCAAAACGAAAGAGAAAGUCUCUGCUGUGGAAGUUGAGGAAAAAGUUGUAAAUGACAACGAGAAGCAUGAAGAACCAAAACAAGUAGAAAAAAGUUUCAGUGAUUCCGAUGAAGAACCUCUAGCAACCAAAUUCCAACGCAAAAAGAGUCAGAUUCGACAGAAACAGAAGGAGAAAAAUAAAACUAGGAAAUCUCCAACAAAGAAGAGUCCCAUCAAAACUUCUCCUGUAAAAGAACCUCCUGUGGUCGAACUGCCAACAGAAGAGGUAAAACCAAAAGAACCAGUAGUUGAGGAUAAGCCUGUGGAGGUAGACGUCCCUGCGCCAAUCGCGGAAAGACUUCCCUCGCCUGCUCCCAAAGCACCUACUCCAGUGAAAACUCCUACAAAAAUGUCACCAUCGCUGAAAACUUCCAGUCCCAAGGUAGCUACUCCACAAAUGCUUAGUCUUCCACCUCAGCUAACUAGCCCGGAAGUUUUGCGAUCUCCUGCAACGGAUGAUUUAACUCCGGCACGCGGUGUUAACAAAUCACACGACAAUACAUUCCAAUCAACGGCAGCUGAGGCCAGCACUUCUCCAACGAAACAACCUGCAACGCAGCCUCAACAACCCUUCAUCCGGGCAAUGAAGCCUUUACCAAUUACAUCACCAGAAAUAUUUGCGGAAAAACCUGUCGCAUCGGCACAACCAGAAAUACCAUUCAAUCGCAAUGUUAAAAAUGACUUCAAUAUGGACGAAUCAGACUUCCUCAAAGGGUUCGAACAGAAUUCGCCUACCUCUCCGGUGGCACCAAAAUCCAAUUCGCUCCUAGGGAAUUUGCUUCCUAGCAAGGAAGAGUCGGAAAAGAUAUUUGGAAUCGCGAGCGUAAGCUUAGCCCAAAGUUCUGGUCCGCUUGACACCAAAUGUACCUUGGGUAAAUGCGGCUCCGUACACAAACCUCCACUUGGACCUCCCGUGUUGACCGAAUCCUUACUCGGUGGGCAUUUAUCUCCACGGGACCGACGGAAAACCAAAGUUAACAUGACUCACGAACAAAUCCAAAAGUGGAUUGACGAAACCUCGUGGUCACCGGUGCCUGACGAUAUCGAUGGCGAUUUGAAAAUCCUGGAAACACCGAAGACGCCGGUUCCUACACCCCCGGCUACUGCUUGGGAGAAAUUGGUGGAAAGUAAACCGGAAGCAGCGCCAGUGGUCGAGACAUCAACUCCAGCAGUGCCGACACCUGCAUCACAGCCCAAAAAGGAAGAAGAGGUAAAGCCACCUACUCCUCAGCCCAGUGGAAGCGCCGUCAGAGGUCCAACAUUGAAGGCCAAACCUGUAACGGUAAAGCCGGAAAAGGAAGUCGAAAAAGAACCGGCGCCCGAACCGCCCAAACCUCCGGAAAAGAAACCUAAGGAGGAAGUCAAAGAAGAGGAAAAGAUAAAACCUCCAACUCCUGCCGCCAAAACACGAACCCCUUCACCGACGAAGAAAGAAGCCAAAAAAGAAAACAAGAAAAUGAAAGUGGAAACUUCAACUGCGCCAGCUGUCUCAACUCCAGCAACCACAAAUGUUGCAACAACUACUACUACGACUACUUCUGCUACUACUACGCCGGUAGCUCCACCAGCAGCGGAUCGAAAACCAAUUUACAAGCAGGGUAGAACUCCAGUCUACAAACAAGAGGCCUUAAAGUCAUCAUCGUCAUCAGCUAAAGCGUCCAACCCUGCAAACAAGUUUGGCGCUUUCUCGGCUAAUAAUGAAGCUAGUGUGUAUUCGUUCGACAACGAAGAUAACUUCACGCCGUUGGCCACACCUUUCCGGCGACACAGCCGUAGAGAGUCUUGUAAUUCAUCGGCAAGAGACGAAGUUCAAGCCCCAGUUGCCACGCAAAGCAAAAAAGAAGACAAGGCUGCACCUACUUCAACAUUCCAAAAACCUGUAAACUUAAGCACCCCAGCUAAAUCGGGAGUUCAACCAGCGGUAAGCUUAACGCUGAGUCCGGAAGAAGGCCCCAAGUCGGCUGCCAUUGCUGUUCCCUUAGAUGGCAAUAAACCGGAAGCAUCGAAAAAACCGGCCGAUGAAAAGAAACCCAAUGCCGAUGCCGAGUCGGACGACGAUGGGCACACAUUCUACAUUCCAUUGCAGGGUCCGAAUGCGGCAGGAAGUGGUAAAACGGAUCAGCUGAUUCAAGGGGUAGCGGUCAAAUUAGGUACGGAAGGUCCCGAGGGCCCAAAUCAAAGGGUAAUAAUGCAUGCCAAGCUUGUGACCAAGGCGCAAAUGGGUUCAAACACGACACCCAUUCCGGAGUCGAUGAACGUACAAGAGUUGGUCAAAAGUCUCAUGGCGGCUGGACCGAGCAUGAGCAAAGAUGGGAUCUCCAAGAUGGUUCCAGUUGGAACGGUUCAACCGCGAUUCAAAUCGAGCGAAUCGCCAGCCAUAGAAAAAUCUCCGGCACCUCCACCGGUAACUGUUACGGCUCCAUCAACACCGGCACCCGAAGACACACGUGGAGGUGGAGGACUGUCGCGAAUCAAUUCCAAUUCAUCACUGAAUUCGUCCCAAAGGUCAAAGAACGCCAAGGCGAAAGCUAAAAUUAUUGAUACUCAAGUACAACCCGACAAUAACACGGCCUUUCCACGGAGGGACGAUCCUCCUCAAAUGGUGGAAGCACCCGUUUUCAAACCAAACGACAAAGAGUUUCACGAUCCCAUUGAAUACAUCGAACGGAUUGCACCCGUCGCAGCUCGGUUCGGCAUUUGCCGGAUUAUACCACCGGCCAGCUUUAAACCGGAAUGCCGGAUAGCUGAUGACAUGCGCUUUAUGGCCUACAAUCAGUACGUCCAUAAAAUGCUGCAUCGGUGGGGACCAAGUGCCAAGGAAUAUGCAGCUAUUAAAAAGUACCUGGCCACGCAAAGUAUCAACCUGCAGAAUCCCCCGUUGAUCGGUGGUAUGGAAGUGGAUCUUCCUCGGUUAUACCACACGGUUCAGGAGCUUGGAGGCCUGAAGGAAGUUAUCGAAAAGAAGAAAUGGGCUCGGGUCUCCGAGGAUAUGUGUAUUCCGAAAGCAGCCCAUGACCGUGUUUCGAAGCUGGACGACAUCUACUGUAAAUACCUGCUUCCGUAUGAUACCCUUUCUCCAGCUGAAAGGCAAAAGCUAUUCGAUGAAGUGGAAGCUGAUUGGGCCAAACGGGAAGCUAAAGCUCGUCGAAAUGCAGACAAAUGUGUCAGUUCCGACAUUCGCAAUAGUGGGGAUUCGGAUGAGGACGAAGAGGAUUCCAAUGAGGAAGAGGAAGACGAUGAACGUUCGAUGGAGUGCAUUAUGAAGGGUAGGAAUAUGCCGUUGAAUCAAUUCUUCCGGAUAGCUAGGAAUACGAUGGCUCUCUGGUUCAAAAACUCUGAGCCAACCGUUGCGGAAAUCGAAAGUGAAUACUGGCGCCAUGUAGCUGUCCGUGAUAGUCACGUGUGUGUUCAUUCCGGUUCGAUCGACUCCAGCGCGUAUGGAUUUGGCUUCCCGGCGCCCAAAGUAAAAGGUUCAUCCUGUGCGAAACAUCCGUGGAAUCUCAAAGUCUUCACGAACAAUAGCAGCUCGAUACUCCGGUCGCUCGGCCCGGUCAUGGGAAUCACCAUCCCGACGUUGCACGUGGGAAUGCUCUUCAGCGCUUGCUGCUGGUACCGUGAUCCUCACGGUCUGCCGUGGAUCGAAUACUUGCACACCGGAGCCAGUAAGAUUUGGUACGGUGUUCCGGACGAUCAGAAUUCCAACUUCCGAGCAGCUUUGACGCAGUUAGUGCCGACCCAUUGCCAGAACAAAACCAUCUGGUUGCCCUGUGAUACUGCAAUGGUUCCGCCGCAUAUGCUAACCGAUCGAAAUGUUUCGCUCUGUCGUACCGAACAGCAGCCCGGCCAGUUUGUAGUGGUUUUCCCGAGAGCAUACACGUCCAGUCUCUGCACCGGGUAUGCCGUUUCCGAGAGUGUGUAUUUCGCUUCCAGCUCGUGGCUCGACACAGCAAAGGAGGAUUUCAGGGACAUCCAGGAAAGUUGCGAACCAACCAUGUUUUCCGUGGAACAACUAGUAUUUGCUGUUGCAAAUGAUCAGCGUAGUAAUCACGACACUUUGGCGCUAAUAGUGCCAAUGAUAAAUGAUAUCUAUGAAAAGGAGAAACAGCAACGCCAAACUAUAAAGGACCACGGUGUCAACAAAACCGAAAAAAUUGAAUCGAAGAAGAAGACUGCUUCGCUGGAAGAGUUUGAAUGUGACAUCUGUAGGGCCAAUUUGUACUUGUCGUUGGUUCGGGUAAAAAUAACCGGUGAUGAUGAUGAGACACUUGACGAGGAUGAACGAAUAUAUUGCCUCAAACAUGCUAUCAAGUUCCUCUCGGACAGUCGUCUGCCGGCCAAGUUCUGUAAGCUAGCAUACACGUACUCGUUAGAAGACAUAGAAGAGUUGUUACGAAAAUUGCACGACAAAAUUGCGAACAAAAAGACCCCAAAAGCCGGCACCGGCGGCAGCACAGGUGGAGGUGGUGGCGGAAGAACCAAGUCUUCACUGCAUCUGGCCUCGACUUCUUCGCAGUCUUCUUCGUCAUAUCAAGCGCCUAGUCACAGCAAGUAUGCCGGAAUGGCUACCCUGCUGAAGUAAUUGUAUAUUGCAUCUAGUUAUUGAACUGUGUGAGUGUGUCUUAGUGUACAUUUUCGUUUCGCCGGCGUGAAAAUUGAUCACAGCGCGUGGUAUAAUGGUUUGAUAUUAACGUAUGCAGCAGUUCUAUAAGGUAAGAUUAUUUAAAACUACAGAUAACAGGAAUCACUUGCAUUAAAAUACGAAAGCAGCAAAGAUUAUCUUCACAAUAUGUAAGUAACACUCACAUUAACAAUAAAGUGAAUCACAAUAGACAUUUGGCAUCGAAUGUUUAUAUGAGAAGCAUUGAACUCUUGAAUUCCACUGCAGUUACAGGCCUUUAUUUUGUUUAAGAUCUACAUCUCCAUAAUCCCUGCAAAUUUGAAUAAAUUUCAUUUUUGAAGGUCUAAGGGUGACCGAUUUUGCUUAACUCUACCUUCGGCUUAGGUCAUCAAUAUAUAUGCAAUGCUACUUUUAUCUAUUUGGAAAUGUAAGGCUUUUUAUAAGUCACCUUGUAUAUCUAAAUUCGUUGAACCCACGAUAUGUCUGAUAAGCUUUUGUUGAAAUUUAAUGUAGGAUUGAAGUUAUAUUACACGCAGACGCAAUAUUGAGUUGUGUUUUUACCAAUAAAAUAUAUCGCAACAGUAUACUUAGAACAGAUAUCUGGCCAGGUAAACAAUUGCAAUUUUGGAGUUUAUCGUUUUACAUAUAAAUGAAGAUCAGCCUAAUAUGCAUACAAGUAUCAUUGGUUUCCCCUCUCCUCAGAGAUCGCUCUGCUCGGUAGGAAAUUGUGCUUUCGAUUCUUACAUUCUUGUAGAUUAUCAUUGUGAGUAGCAUUGAGUGGCAAAUAUAUCUAUAUAGUCUUACAUUUACUGAAAUUCCGCUGCAUUGUACAAGCUGUGUGUUACUGUAACUAUCCAGUAUUAAAUUUAAGAUCACUUUUAAACAAAUAGCGAACAAACAUACAAAAGCUAACAAUCUUUGCAUUCUUCAAAAAUAAAUAUGGAAAAACGAUUUCGCAACAUAUGUUGUUUCUCGAGGAGACAGGUAGUAAAACUACAAUUUCAAAUCAAAUUUGAAGGUGAGCAUUACGUCUAAAUUUUCGUUCGAAGUCGUUUUUUCAACAUCACCCACGUGAAGCACUCACAUCAAACUAAGCCUCAAUUCGGCUUCAGUCGACAAAUUGCGGAGAUGAUUCUUUCAAAUUUUAAUUUUAAUUCACCACAGCAACACAAUAAGUAUACACAGUUUGUAGAAUUCUACCUAGAUAACAUACUAUAGAUGUAAAUAGAUGUGUUUUUCGAUCAAUUGUUGAGGGAAACAUGUUUUGCAAUACAAAGUGCAAUCCACAAACACAACACAAAAAAAAUGAUCACACAAAAUCCCCAAUGUCUACUGGCUCGUUUGGAAUAUUACUAUAUCAACCGGUAAUAGAUGCAAAUCUACAUUUUCCGGUUGCCAAUUUGCCGCUGUUAGAGUAAAUUGUAUAGAAUUAUUGUAUUUGCAUAGAUUAUUAAGAGCCAGUUAGAAUCCCAAAAUUGCAUUUAUCGACACAUUUGAUCAAUAAGUGAGAAUGCAUAAAAAGCAUGAUAAUAAUUUUAAGCCAACAAUUGAAUGGUAGUUUGUGGUAUGAAUAUCAAAGUAACAAUACAGAGGAGCAAAGAAACAGAUUCACACUAUUGAAAAUCCUUCUCGCAGAUUAUAUAAUGAGAUGAUAAUAUAUCGACAGAUUUAAAAUAUUAUAAGUGAACGUUUCAAAUAGAAGAAAUUGAAGAAUAAACUAAGGAAAACAUUGUAGAAAAA